AUGUCUCUCUCCCCAUGCCGGGCCCAGAGGGGCUUCAGCACCCGCUCAGCAUGCUCUGCCCUCUCAGGGGCACGGGGCAGGGCUGGCGUCAGCAGCAGGAGCCUCAGCUCCUCCGGGAGACGCAGAGGAAGCUCUUGUGAGAGAGCCUGGGGGGCACAGGCCAGGCAGGGGAUAUGGUUUGGGCAGGGGAAUGGAAGGCCUGGGCUUUCCCAGUGCCCUCCAGGGGGCAUCCAGGCCGUGACCGUCAACCAGAGCCUGCUGACCCCCCUGAAGAUUGAGGUUGACCCCCAGUUCCAGGUGGUGAAGACACAGGAGACUCAAGAGAUCAGAACCCUCAACAACCAGUUUGCCUCCUUCAUUGACAAGGUGCGCUUCCUGGAGCAGCAGAACAAGGUCCUGGAGACCAAGUGGGCGCUGCUGCAGCAGCUACAGGGCAACCACAGUCCUCAGGGCCUGGAGUGCAUCUUCGAAGCCUGCCUGGCCCGGCUUAGGCAGCAGCUGGAGGAAGUGCAGAGGGAGCGGCGGGCUCUGGACUCCGAGCUGAAGACCUAUCAGGAGCAGGAGGAUGAGUACAAGUCCAAGUAUGACCAGGAAGCUCACAAGCACGCCUCGGUGCAGAAUGACUUUGUGGUCCUUAAGAAGGAUGUGGAUGAGGUUUUCCUGAGCAAGAUGGAUCUGGAGGGCAAGCUGGAGUCUCUGAGAGAACACGUCUGCUUCUUGACACGCCUGUACAGAGAAGAACUGGGGCAGCUGCAGGCCCGGGCAGAUGACAUGUCCGUGGUGCUGUCUGUGGAUAAUAACCGCUGCCUGGACUUCAGUGACAUCAUCGCCGAGGUCCGAGCCUGCUAUGAGGAGAUCACCUGGACCAGCAAGGCCGAGGCUGAGGCCGUGUUCCAGACCAAGUACCAGGAACUCCAGGCCUCAGCCCAGCUUCACGGGGACAGCAUGAAGGAAGCGCAGGCGCAGAUCUCCCAGCUCCGGCAGGACAUACAGAGGCUGCAGGGUCAGACGGCCAGCCUCAGGAAGCAGAACGACUGUCUGCAGUCGGCCAUCACUGAUGCCGAGCAGCAUGGGGAGACAGCUCUGAGGGACGCUCAGGCCAAGCUGGAUGAGCUGGAGGCCGCCCUGAGAGCAGCCAAGCAGGACAUGGCGCAGAUGCUGCGCGAGUACCAGGAGCUGAUGGGCACAAAGCUGUCCCUGGACGUGGAGAUCGCCACCUACCGCAGGCUGCUGGAGAGCGAGGAGAGCAGGGUAUCUAAGGAGCACAUCAGCCAGGUCACUAUCUCCACAGCAGGAGGCAGUGUUGUUAUGCCUGGAGGAGUUGGUGGAGGCCAGUUGAUCAUACCUGGAAGAAUUGGGGGCACUUGUGGGCUCAGGGGCUGGGGAGGCAGCUUUGGGUCUGGAGGCUGCUCUAGCAUCGUAACUGGCGGCUUUGACAUCCCCCAGGGAUCUGGGUACAGCCCCAGCAUGAGUUUCUGCUCAGUGUCUGGCUGUGGCCUCAGUUCUGGCUCUGGCUUCAGUUCUGGUUCUGGCUCCAGCUGCCGUACCAUCUUGAAGAAGACAGUGGAGUCAAGUCGGAAGACAUCUGUCAUCUGUUGA